CCCAUCACAGGAAAAGGGAAACUGAUUAAUGCCGGCCAGAGAACUGUGAUUUCGGGAGCCUGUAUGACCGAAUAGUGGGAGUUUUCGGACCCCCUUUUUAUAUAUUGCUAUUUUUUUCUUUUUUAAAAAAUAAUCAUGUCGGAACUGGAAGCGCUACGACAGGAAACUGAACAGUUAAAAAAUCAAAUCAGGGAGGCAAGGAAAGCUGCUGCUGAUACGACUCUCAGCCAAGCUGCCUAUGGCGUUGAACCUGUUGGACGAAUACAGAUGCGCACCAGGCGUACUCUUAGAGGUCACUUGGCCAAAAUAUAUGCCAUGCACUGGGCUACAGAUUCUGCAAAUCUAGUAUCUGCGUCACAAGACGGUAAAUUAAUUGUAUGGGAUGGAUAUACUACAAAUAAGGUACAUGCGAUACCUUUAAGAUCUAGCUGGGUAAUGACAUGUGCCUAUGCUCCAUCAUGUAGCUAUGUAGCAUGUGGAGGGCUGGACAACAUCUGUUCUAUCUAUAGUUUAAAAACACGAGAAGGAAAUGUUCGGGUUAGUCGGGAGCUGCCUGGACACACCGGUUAUCUGUCUUGUUGCCGUUUCCUUGAUGACAACCAAAUAGUAACAAGCUCUGGGGACAUGUCAUGUGCAUUAUGGGAUAUAGAAACAGGUCAGCAGACAACAGCUUUUACCGGUCACACUGGUGAUGUCAUGAGCCUCUCUUUGGCACCAGAUAUGAAGUCAUUUGUCUCAGGGGCUUGCGAUGCCUCAGCAAAGUUAUGGGAUGUCAGAGAUGGGAUGUGCAAACAAACAUUUUCAGGCCAUGAAUCUGACAUAAAUGCAAUCACUUAUUUUCCGAAUGGUUACGCAUUUGCAACUGGUUCUGAUGAUGCCACCUGCAGGCUUUUUGAUAUCCGUGCUGAUCAGGAAAUUGGCAUGUACUCGCACGAUAAUAUCAUCUGUGGUAUUACGUCUGUGGCCUUCUCCAAGUCAGGUCGUCUCCUCCUCGGUGGUUAUGAUGAUUUCAACUGCAAUGUUUGGGAUGUCUUAAAGCAAGAUAGGGCUGGAGUGCUAGCCGGUCAUGACAACCGUGUGAGCUGUUUGGGUGUCACAGAAGAUGGAAUGGCUGUUGCCACAGGAUCCUGGGACAGUUUUCUUAAGAUCUGGAAUUGAGCCAAGUAUUAGCUAGCCCAUCUGAGGGGAAAUAUACAAGACUUAUUAUUUAUAUCUUAAAACUCAUGUGCCCGUGUUAUAUGGGGGAAGGUAACAAUGUAUUCACGCGCAUUAUGGAAACUAUUGUUUUAACAGCUGCGAGAAUAAACUUGUGGUUAUAAUUUUUUUUUUUUUUUUGAAGAUUUGAAAAAAAAGUGAAAGUGAACUAAACUUUUCACAGGACAUAAUGGAUUUUUUAAGGGAUGUAUCAACUGGAGGAAAGUCAUGAGCAGUUGACACUUGGUGUGAUGAGCCUGCUGGGCACUAAGUGCAAGAGUGGUGCCGUUAGGAGGUAUAUGUGCAUUUAUUAAUGGGCUACUCAUCCCGGCAACAUAAGCCUAGCAUUUGGUACCAAAAACAGAUGUCAAAUCAAAGAAAUGGAAAAAAAAAGACUGGUACCUUAAAAACUAGGCAGAGCAAACUUGUACAUCAGAAUAUAUCACAGCACAUGACAUAUAUAGGCUUUCUUGGAAGAAAGAUCUUGUGUAUAAAUAAUUAUUACAAUAUAUUCCUUGUCUGUGUGUGUUACAGCAGGGGGACCAUUUCAUUUAAAAUGGGCCCACAAAAUCUCUACCCCCCGUAUAACAGGUCAGCCACGAUGGAGGGUCACUCUGUCCCUCCGAACCUGACCUUACUCAAGUCUUACACGGUUUUAAAGCUUAGGUGACUGCGAGUGAGGAACAGCUAAUGACACAUGUGGAUUAUGAUUGUGAUUUUGUUUUAACUAUUUCAUGUUCAAUCAUGCAAGUGCUCAUGGAUUACAGUCUGCAUAGAAAUGAUUGACUGCUUUAAAUGUUUGGAAAUCUUGAGAAACUUCUCAUAUAUAUUCAAAAUAUUUUUCAUCCAAAUUAUAUGGAAAGAAAGACAAAUUUUGUUUAAGUUUUUAGAAGUCAUACAGAAAUCAAAUGUAGCCUAAUAUCUUUUUUUUUUUUAUUUUCCCUGAAAAUAAUUUGAAUAGUAGCUUACAUGGAUGUUUAAUACUUGGAAGUGAUAUGGGUAGGGUGGGCCUUAUGUAUGUGUGAUGAACUCAACUGAUGCAUGAUAUUUAUGUAUAUGUAGAUACAAAUGUAUUUCAUUAUAAACUAGUAUUGUCUUCUAUUUCGAAGGUUUUAGUGCAAUGAAAAUUGAAAAGAUUAACAUAAAGUGGCAUUUAUCAUGCCAGUCAUUGUUUCUUUUCUAAAUUUCCUUUCCCUUCCCCGUUUUGUAUAAAACUUGAUGUUUUCACUUCUCAGCUUUGACAUGGUCUACACGAUGAUGUAUAUAUUGCAGUGACAUUCAAAGCUGCUAUAAAAUAAUUAAUCUGCCUUUUACAAUGAAGUGCUGUCAGUUUGAAAUCAAACAGCAGGAUUCAAAAGAUUUGGAAUGUGAGAACAUUUGUCACAAAAGAGAGAAAAAAAAGGAAUAAAUUCCCAUACAGUCUUCAGAUUUGAAUUUUAAGAUCUGUAAGAUAUCAUUUUUUGGACCUAAAGUGAAAGUCCUGUGGCCUUGCUUACUGUUUGUAAAUGUUUGUAGGUCCUUCUAGAAUUUAUUUGCACUUCAAUUUUAACAAAAUUUGCAUUAUUAGAAGAUAAGUUAUAUUUAAGACUGUUUGGAGCCUUGUUCAGCAAUGUAUGCAGAUUAUGUAUUUGUCUGUUUCAGAGGAAAGGGGGGGAAAAACCUAGUGUUCAGCUUUUCCUCCCAGGAAACCUUACUGAACUAGGGUCUUUAUUUGAAUGAAAUUUUGAGUAAAUGUUCACCAACCCGCCAUGCCAACAAAAGUUCAUGGGGCUAAAAAAACAUACAAAAAUGUGUUCUGAUAUGUUAUGAUAUAUACAAUUGUACUCCAUAGAUAUGCAUGUUGCACUCAGAGAUCUGAGUGUUUGAAUGUUUCCAAGCGUUUUUUUUUUUUUUUUUUAAUUAUUAUUAUUUGCGUUUUCUUUUCGGAUUUAGCAAAUAACUGAAUGAAAGAUAACGCAUAUCUCUUCUGUGUAAUUAAACUGUAUCAGAGCCCUGAUACAAUAUAGUAAUAUAUGUAAAGCUCGGCAUGGAAUAGGAGUGAGUGCGAGUGGUCGUGUGAAUGUUUGCAUUUUAUGGUGUAUUAACUGGUGAAGUGAAAGCAAUCUUGAUCCUUGACCCUUUUUGGGUCAAUCUGAUGCUUGUGUAUGAUUAUUUACAACCCAGAUUUUGGUCUUCAAGAUUAAUAGGUCGGUCAAUCUUAGUCCCUUGAAUGUUUGUUUUGCAACAUGUGCAAGUGUAACUCUUUGUUUUUCUUGUGACAGAUGUGUGUGAACUGAUGCAUGUUGAAAUGUAGAUGUAGAUAUAUACUUUCAUCCUAAGGAUUUCCAAAUAUUUCUUCUAACAGAACAAAUUGCUAGACCAAAAGUUAAACAUCAUAUACAAACAUCACAUCUCUUCAAGAUAAUUCAUUUCAUGUGAGAUUCCAUAUUAUACAAUAUACAUAGAAAGCUUAGGUUGAUGUGAAUUUUGAGUCUUAUCUCAUUUUGUUUUAUAUAUUAAAUGUUUUGUUUGGUUUUUUUUUUUCUGACAAAUUCCAGAAUGAAAAGUACAAAACUUUUGAGUCAACAGAUAUAUUUCCUUUUAACAUGCUAAUCAUAUUUACUUGCAUGUAAAACAAAAACCACACUGUCUUGUAAUGUCUUUUCUCAUUCACAGUGAAAUUUACUCGUGUAAAAUAUAAUAGUUAACAUUUUAUUUAGCAAAACUAUUUAAAGACCUUUUGACAAAUGUAAUGGUCAACAGAAUUUAAGAAAACUGCAUAGAAACUAUUUAUUGCCAAUAGCAAAAGCCUGUCGUUCAUGAAGACAACAAUUAGAUGUAUCACAGAGGCAGUAGAGGAUGUACCUUACUCCAGUAAUUGAUUGAUCUCCACACAUUUUUCGUCUGCGCUGUCUGUUGGGACAGUACUUACACCAAUGGGAAGUGUUUCCUACUAUAAAGCAGGCGAGAGUUAUAUAUGUGUGGUGAAGUCGGAUUUCACGACAGUGCAAGAUUAUAACAUCACAUGUAUUGCCUUGAAUUCUCAAGGUGUAAGGGGAAGGCUACUGGAAUAAGGUUGAAGGGGAAGGCGUUAAGCAGCUGGACUCUAUAUAGUUGUGUCGGGUGGAUGGGCAGGUUCCUUUCUCCUAGUGUAAACGUGAUGUGUGCUAGAUAUAUCUCACCAUCCGCAUCUGUGUGUCUAUUUGAACUAGUCCUACACAUUAAUUAUGAAUAUUAUAUUGUGAAAAUUAUCUGUCAGUGUCAGUGUAACUGUAUUUUUCAUUUGUCAAUAAAGCUUUUUUGUCAUUAA